AUGCAAUCCAUAAACAGCUUUUUCACAAAUGCACAGCAACAAAUAACGUCAUUGUAUGGUUUUCAAGAUGCUCUUCUUUUCCAACCAAAUGAACCCGAUACAUCGCGAACAAUUGUUCAAACACCCGAUGUGUUUCAUAUGCCCUAUGAAACAAUCACUAUUGAAACACCUGACAAUGAGAAAUUACAUGGAUUUUUAAUCAAACAACCUAGUCGAACAAGUGAACGCGAAACAUUAGUCUUUUUUCACGGCAAUGCUGGAAAUAUUGGACAUCGCUUACAAAAUGCUCAUCUUUUAUACCGAACAUGCAAUAUCAAUAUUCUUCUCUUCGAUUAUCGUGGAUACGGCAAAUCCACUGGAAUGCCAUCCGAAUCUGGUUUAUACACAGAUGCUUUAGCUGUCUAUGAUUAUGUUCGAAAAAGAAAUGAUUUAAACCAAGAAAAAAUCUUCCUGUUCGGAAGAUCACUAGGCGGUGCUGUUGCAUUGCAUCUUGCUUCUCAUCUAGCUCAGACAAAUGUAACACCACCAUUGUACUGUGUGAUAGUUGAGAAUACUUUUACAUCAAUUCCUGAUAUGGCUAAACGACUUUUUCAAGUAGCUGUUCUUGAUUAUGUACCUAAUUGGUGUUAUAAAAAUCUGUUUCCAACGCUGUCGAAAAUCCGGCAUAUCAAGGCGCCUGUGCUCUUUCUCUCCGGCGGGCAAGAUGAACUAGUCCCGCCGCAAAUGAUGGAAAAGUUGCACGAGGAAUGUAAAAGUUCAAAAAAGCAUUUGGCGAUAUUUCCUGAUGGCCAGCACAACACAACUUGGCUUUCACAUGACUAUACCAAUCAAAUACGAAAUUUUCUUGCUGACUGCGGCAGGCAAAGUGAACCAACAGCAUCAAAUGCCAAUUAA